AUGCCGGCUCUUGAGGUGCCAGUGUCCGGGUUGUCUCUAUACAGAGACAACCCCGGGAGCGAUUCCACGGUUAAAUCAACGCAGAUCAUGCGGCUAAACCUAGCUCAGAACACCCUCGACGAACUGAUCCAAACUCUACGGGACGACCAAACAGCUAGGGUCCGUUUAGGGAAACAUCCUACUCUCUACUACGGGUCCAAAUCACAACCGUUUCACUCUCAUCCCGAGACUCACCGGUCCGAGAUCUAUAGCAGCAGCUCCAAUGACAAAGAAAACUUAUAUUUUACCGGUGUCCUGAGCCAUAGCCUGGAGGUUCAGAAAGCAAAAGAAGCUACUGCGGCCACAGACCAAGCAUUGGCCAACCUCGAACAGAGCUUGAACGCCUUUGAGAGGGGAAAGGAAUCGAAGAAGACCCAUAUAAUUACCAGCAUUGAUGAGGUGAGGGCUCUUCGAGCGGGCGACAAAAGGCAGGCCGCUCUUUUAGCCCGUAAGUCAUCGAGUAAGGUGGAAUUGGAAAAGGACCGGUUGCUGAAAAAUGCAACCAACCGCUCGUUGUCAUCCAGCCCAGCUCUGGGUGUCUCUCGGUCUCCUACUUCUGUACCUCCCCUUACUCCUACCUCGGCUCCUCUUUCCCAAAACAAAGACCGUAUUCGCCUCGACGCUCUUAAGGUUCCCUUCAUUCACCUUCUCGCCGUCCGUGCCGUAUCCGCCAAGUUCCUUGCUCGCCAGACUCGCUCGUCCAUCGAAGACUGUACGGCUUUGGCUCAGAAAUACGGUGCCGAGAACCGAAUUAACCCGGAGAAGUUCGAUCUCAAGGAUAAAGCAUACAGAGAGUUGGAUGUAUGGAGCUUUCCUUAUCCGUCUCAGGAAGAGCGGCAGGAAGCCAUUGAGAAUGCUAUCUCGGCAUUUGAUCGUAUGCGGAUCUCCCGCACCGACAAGCUAUGGCAGAUGCUUCUUCCAAGGGAGGAGCGAGGGAAGGGGAAGUGUCUGUCACGGCUGAACUUGCGCACUGGCCCUAUCAAGAAGCCGCUGACUCCUCGGAUACAAGUACAAAACCCCGAAGAGAGCGGCAAAGACGGCGACACUACUGGACCGGAAACCGACAGGGCCAAUGGAAAUGGCUUGACCCCCAAGACACAGCCCACAUCAGCUCCCCGGUCUGGUGCCAACCCACAAAAGAAGCGAGUCGGCAACUCUGCAGCGAAGCAAUCUACUACAAAGGGCAAGAAUACGACGAACAGUACCUUGACUGGGCGUGUCACUAAAAAGCCGGAGCGGAGGCCAGUGCCCAAGCCGGAUGGGAAGUUUAAAUCAGCAGAAUACGUUCAUGAUUCAGAUGAAGAUGACACAGACAUGCUAGAUGCAUCGGCAUCGGAACAGCCUCUUCCAGAGAAAACUAAGCCGCAGCCUAAAGCGCCACCCAAACUGGCCGAGUCUUCUCCUCGAGAGUCCUCCCAUGUGCCGACACCCAAGGUAGACCAGUCGGAGCGCCCCCCAUCCAAAGCCGAACCGUCGCCCCCAAAUCCUCCAAAGCCUACUACCUCAUCAAAGAGGCCACCAUCCUCCCGCCCUCCGGCCCAGAAAUCUCCUCAGAAGCCGUCGCCUCUCGGCUCAUCCCCCCCGGCCAAUGCUUCUGACCUACAGAGUCGUAGUCGUUCUUCGAGUCAGAACAAUUCCUCCAGUUCUUCCUCAUCACCUUUGAUUACUCAAACAUCCAAACCAAACAAGGCUACGGGCACCUCCAAUGUUAAGAAACAGGUGAAAACCAAUGGCAUGGUUAAGGCGACUCCGGCGCUCAACCCCCUCAAGCGCAAGGUGGAACUAGACCGCCCUUCUGCAACCCCCGCCCAGGGACGUACAACGGGGGAUUUGGAGCACAAGCGACGACGGGCGGUUAGCACAUCGAGUGGUAGCACCGGAAGUGCAUCACCACCCCUUAGUCGGGAGAUUCUUCUGCAGCAACUGCGAGAGAAAUCGCAGCGCUUUAAACAUUAUUAUGCUAAGUACCGUGCACUGCACGAUACAAUGGCAGCCCAUUCAGAUCCACCGAGGGCGGAGCUGGAGAAGUUACGGCGACAGCACUUUCGACUACAGCAGAUGAAAGAGGAAAUCUGGGAUGAAGACCGGCGGCUCCGCGAAGGGCUCUAA